CGAUCGUGGUUGUACGUCUCGGCCAACGACUGGGGUCGUCAGGAUUCGGAAUGGGAGCUCUGUCACAUCGGCAAACAACAAAGCCCAGUGGCCAUCCUGUCCACCCAUAGCCUCGCCGCCAACGCUUCGGUCUCCUGGUCCUACUCAACCAUCUCCGGCAACUACUCCAACUGGGGUUACGGUCCGACUUUCACCGUCGAUGCAGCCCAGAACCAGUCUGCGACCUUCUCGUUUGAAACCUCUGCAAAGGGUCCAGAGACGGUCUACUUCGCGGGCUGGCACACUCACACUCCGUCCGAACACACCGUCGACGGCGUUCGAUCUCAAGCCGAGCUCCAUUUCGUGCACGCCAAAGCCGACGGCACGCCUCGCGCAGUCGUGGGCUUCCGCAUCCGAGCCGGCGGGAAAGCGAGCAAGUUCAUCGAGCAGUUGCCUCCAUACCACGGAUACAUGUCGGCGGACAAGGUCAAGGAUGUGGCGAUCGAUCUGAGCCUUGCCAUGGAAGAGAUGGGUGGAUUCGAACACUUCUGGUCGUAUGACGGCAGCUUGACCAGUCCGCCGUGCACCGAGGGGAAGAGAUGGUUCCUAGCGAGAGAGGAAUUGGAGGUUAGUGAUGACCAGAUGGUGGACUUGUUGAAAGCGUCGACCUACUCUGCCAGACCGUUGAACGAUGUUUGGAGGCAUGGGAUC